ACUACAUCAAAUCAGGCAAAAGAUGUUAGUUCGUCAAAGUACAUAUAAUAUAAUUAAACGAACAUAUAAGAAUUCCACAAUAUGUUUUAACUUAUUCAAAGAUUUCAAUCAUGAUGACAACUCCCAUAAACCAAGACAAUCUGCUGGAAAAUCACAGUUUGAAAAGUUCAAUAGAUUCAGAACACAUUCUGAGUCUCAAGAAAUACCACGGAGACAGGAAAGGUGGAACAAAUCGGACAAUAAGAGGUCAAAUCGUGAUAACAACAGACCUCGUAAGUUUUUCAUUCAUCUGGGCACAGAAUCUUGUCAAAAUGCCAUAAGAUCAAUAGUUUUACGAGUUCAAGAAAUUUCCCCCGAUUUUAAAGUACAAUAUCUUAACCCGGAAACGAAUUCCAUCGAGGUUCUUCAUCUUGCUGAUAUAGUAAACUCUAUGGAUUUAACGAAGCAGGGCAUCACAUGUGUUGAAUUAGAUGAUAAUUACCCCUUAGUUAAAUUAUGCAAGGUUCAUGAAAUGACAAAAGUUUAUUCGGACAAACUUGCCAAAAUUAAAGAGCAAGAGCUAUUAGCUAUGGGAUCUAAGAAAACUGCGUACGCUAUACAGAGUCGUGAAAAGGCAUUACUGAAACGUAGUGCCGAAAAAGUAAUUAGUUGCAAAUGGAGUAUUAACACAAGUGACUUGUUGAAUCAAAAAAAGAACGAAAUUUUAAAGCGAUUGUCGAAGGGAGAGAAUCUACAAGUUAGAUUUCAAACUAAUAGUAAUAGAGGAUUUGAUACUGAUAGCAGUCAUGUUUCUCAUAUGCAUAGAAACGAAGAUGAUUAUAAUCUUGAAUUAAAAAAACGAGAGCUAGUGAAACAAACCAUUGAACUGGUUUUGGAUGAAUUGCCAUGCACUUGGACUGUUGAAGGUGAUAUUGAGACCAAAUGUGCUUAUAGACUAACCGCUCAAAAGAAAAAGCAACCUAUGGAGCCAGAAGAAGAUGAUCGUGGAGAGAAAGUGGCCGCCAAAAAGACAAAACUGAAAGAUACCAAAUCCAAACAGAAAGAACAGAAACAAACUACAAAAUCCGAAGAAGAUCUUGAUGCAUUGUAUCUGUUUAAGAUCGAAGAUUAAAUUUCUUGUACAUAGCCUGUAUAUACACAUAAAUAAUAUUAUACAAUACUACCAUACCGGUAGCUUUCAUUACUUCCACCUUGAAUUUCCGUUCUCUCUCCCCUUCGAUGUUGAUCUCUUAGCCUUUGUCUUUGUCUUAGCUUUUUAACUUUAUAUCCAUAAACAUGACUAUCAAUUACCUCGUCCACUAUAGGAUAAUUCAACAUCUUCUUAAUCCCCACUUGAUCUAAUUUAUAAUUCCCAACCUGCUUUAUUGCCAUUUGGUAUAUUUCUUCAUCUUGAUUAAAAGAUUCUUGUGAAUAAUCAACUACAGAAAGGUCUGGAUCAUUGGCGAUAAUUUCUUCAAUUGUUUGUUCUGGUGGCAUUGUUUUAACAGCCGAUACCGGUGAAUUUGGUGGUGAUUGUUUUGGUGAUGAUGGAUAAAUUGCUCUCAUGGAAGUAUUAUUUGAGUAUAACGAACUAUUAUCCAAAGCAUGAAUCUCAGAAGUACUUUGAAUUAUUGGAGAUGAAACAGUCAAAGUAUUGGUAUUAUCAGGCAACCAGUGUUUAUGUUUCCCAUCGUAAUGGUACCUCAAUCCUUGGUGAAUUCUACUCAUUCUUCCUUUAGAAUCAGGAUGGGCAACCAUAGCAUCAACUGAAUCAAACUGUUUAUAAUUCUUAUAGUAAUCGCCAUAGUAUGUCAAUUUGAAAUCAUUUAUUAAGUCACGGAAUCCAAAACAAUCUUUAAGUGAAUACUUUAGUUGAUAUCUUCCAUAAGGCAAUUCACUUAUAGUAAAUGGUUUAUAAGUAAACGAAACCCAAUGGCCCCAAGCGAAUCCAAUUAAUUCAACACAAAGUAAAGCAUUCUGAAUACAAACACCAAUACUGAUAUCACCUUCGUUA